AUGAAGGUUCUGAAGACUCCAACGCACUCGACUGAGUUUGUGGAUAAGCUGUAUAAGAUGUUAGAAGAAACAGAAAACCAAGCGCUGAUUCAAUGGUGUGCGACAGGUGCGAGUUUUCUUAUCAUUAAUCCAACGGAAUUUGGGAAAACGGUCUUGCACAAGCACUUUAAACAUGGGAAUCUUAGUUCUUUUGUGCGGCAGUUGAAUAAGUACGACUUUCAUAAGAUCAAAAGUGCGGAGAACAUUUUGAAGCAGUUUGGACCGCAGGUCUGGGAGUUCAAACAUAGCUGUUUUCAGAAGGGCCGCGUGGAUAUUUUGCGGCAUAUUGUGCGUAAGAAGAGCAAUGCCGAUAAAAGGUUUAAGACUUCGCGUGAGAUGAGCUCGGAUAGUAUGGAGGCUUCUAAUCGCAUCCAGUCUCAGAUUAUUGGGACUUUGAAGAUGCUAACGGUGCACUUCCAAGUGCUGGUCGAAGAGGUUAAUGAUUUGAAAAGAACGCUGAGUAAGAAGGAGUCUUUGUUCCGUGGGAAUGUGAGUGUUUUGAUCGGGGAGGAUAAUGUUACGUGUAGUUCGUAUGCAGGGGCUAUUCUGCGGAAGGCCGGGUGCUCGCCUGAUACCUUUGAAAAUGAGUCGGAAAUCUUGUUGAAGUUGAAAGAGACGAAGUAUGAUGUGGUCUUUUUGAGCUCGCAGCUGCCUUCGAUUCAGAAGAUUCUCGCGGCGUUCCGGCAAUUUGACAACGUCACUCCGGUUAUUUUGACAGUGGACGGCAUGGUACAGGAGGAUUACAUUUCGCUGCUUGGCGUUGGAGCUAGCGAUAUUCUGGUCAAGCCUUACCACCAGGACGCUUUGGUCCAACUUAUGAUGAAGUACUGCUAUAGUUCAAUUAACAGUGCUGUACAUGCACAAAAAGGAGGGCAUGCUGGUAUAUCGGCCUGGUAG